UCUUCUUCUUCUGCUUCUUCUUCAUUUCUUCUUUUAAGAAUUAUAUGUAUAUUUAUAUGUGUGGAUGCUUUAAAUUACAAAGUUUGGUCGAUUGCAUUAGUUAUCAUGGACAAGCAAAGCCAGUAUGAAAGAGUUUUCAAUUACUUUGAUGAAAAUGGAGAUGGCAAGAUAUCGCCGUCGGAGUUGCGGCAAUGCGUGGAGGCCAUCGGCGAGGAGUUAUCGGCGGAGGACGCGGAGUCGGCGGUGGCGUUUCUUGACACGGACGGGGAUGGGCUGGUGGGGUUUGAUGAUUUUGUGAAGUUUGUGGAUGGAGGGAAAGAAGAAGAUAAAGUGAAUGACCUAAGAGAGGCUUUUAAGAUGUAUGAGAUGGAUGGGAGUGGCUGCAUCACACCAAGGAGUCUUAAGAGGAUGCUUAGUAGGUUAGGGGAAUCUAGAAGUAUUGAUGAUUGUCAAAAUAUGAUUGCUCAAUUUGAUCUUGAUGGAGAUGGGGUACUCGAUUUUUAUGAAUUUAAGGUCAUGAUGUUGUUGUAAUUAAUGUACGUUAGUUUCUUAUUCUUUAGGGGUAUGCUUUAGUCUUGACACAUUGUAGGUACAUAUGUACCUUUUGUUCGUUGGAACACAAAAGGUAAAUAUGUACCUAUAUGUUUUAUUCUUUUCUUGGAGGUGACUAAUCACCAUUGUCAUUUUUAUUAAACAUAACGUGAUAAAGGACAAUGAAUUUAAUGCAAUGGUAUGUAAUAUUGAAUUUGAUGAUGUAAACUUUAUCAAAUACAUUAAAAAAUAA